AUGUUAAGUAGCCAACAGAGAACACCCGAAAUUAUACGUGACCUUGAAAGCGCCUUUUCAAUUGUUCCGACACUAUUGGGGAUGAUAUGCGAUGAGGCUUUCAUGUCAUCAUCCUUAGAUAACCCGACUAAUGAACAUUCAGUCACACCUUUUGGUGAAAAUGCUCCGCCUGCAGUUCAGCAUCACAUUGACGUGAAAUCAAAAUUAUGGUCAAAAGAAAUUUAUUUGGAUGUCUGUGAUAGACCUAGUCUUUCAACACUUCUCGACUUUAUAAACAUGAUUCAGAACUUGUCGUGCAAUCGUGUGGAUAGUGAACCUGCAACACUGAACUCUCGAAUAAAUCACACAUACUUAAGUAUACCCUCUAGUAUUCGUUUAAGCAAGACUUCGUUGACAUUAUCUUAUCCCCUCAGUGACUAUGGGUCUGUACGUGACAUUUUGCUUAAAAAAUGUGAUAGAUUCAAUGAGGACUUGAUUUGUGCUAUAUUCAGUCGAGCGGUGUUUUGCAUUGACCAGUUGCAUAGCAGUGGCUUGCUUCACCGUGGUUUGUGUUGCAAGCAUCUUCUUCUGCGCAAGAAGUUAGCCACCAGCUCACAGUCCGAUGAGGUGGAGGUUGUUCUCUGUGGCCUUGGAAGUAUGGCGCAUCUACCUCCAACCUGGAGUUCUGUGGCACGAAACGAUUUACCCUUCCUCUAUGUUGCCUGGCGUGGUUGGAGGGUCCCCGAGUCAUCCGAAAGUCAGUCAUCAUACAGCCAUCCGGUAGCUUGGUACAGUCCUGAGUUAUUAUCACAAGACUUCACCGGAUAUUCAUGGUCUCCAGAUGUAUACAGUUUAGGACUCAUUCUAUAUGAAAUGUUCACUGGCAAACCACCCUACGCUGGAUGUCCCCCUUCCUUAAUCUUUUUGAAGAAAAUGCUUCAUUUGGAUUUCCCUCAGCUUUCUAGUUUGAUUGCCGAGUGUGAUCCUGUGUAAUUACAGAAAUGAAUGAACAAUUUGAGAAUGUUACGGUUGAUAAACAUACAGUCACUAAUUAUCUGGUAUUUAACUAAGUAGCUUUAUGUAUUAAUUGCUUUUACAAGAAAGUAAAUAUCAUUCGUAUAGCAUACUGAUUUAUUUAUUUAAACGCAUAAAAACUUGGUACACCAAGAAGG